AGCGUGAUUCCAUUCAUUUUCUCCACUACCCGUCGUCGUAGUACUGCUCGGAUCAGCGCCCAGCGUCAACAUGGCAGAGAAGAAGGAGGAGAUGGGCGCCGUGACCAAGCAGCUCAGUGCUAUCGACGAUGACGUGCAUAAUCAGAAGACCGUUAAGGAGGCCACGGUCGCCUCGGUGGCUCUUGCGGCUGCCCUGGAGGCUGAGAAGCCAAGUCUGUGGUCUCGCGGAAUGAUCCAGCUGUACAUGAUCAUGGGCAUUGGCUACCUGGUUUCCACGCUCAAUGGUUUCGACAGUUCUCUCAUGGGUUCCAUCAAUGCCAUGGAGGGCUACCAGCGGACUUUUGGCCUUACCGGCGCUGGAGCCAGCACCGGUAUCAUCUUCAUCAUAUACCAACUGGGACAGAUUGCUGCUUUUCCUUUCUGCGGACUGCUUGCUGACGGCUGGGGUCGCCGUGUCUGCAUUUUCGUUGGUUGUGCAAUCGUCCUGGUCGGCACCGCCGUUCAGGCCACAGCACAUGAAAAAGGUCACUUCAUAGCAGGUCGCUUCGUCCUCGGAUUCGGUGCCUCGAUUGCUUCUGCAGCAGGCCCUGCUUACACUGUUGAGCUUGCUCACCCCGCUUACCGUGGAACCAUGGCCGGCAUGUACAACAACUUCUGGUGGGUUGGCAAUAUUCUGGCAGGCUGGACAACCUAUGGAACCAACCUGCAUUUUCGAACAAGCUCCUGGUGCUGGAGGAUUCCAACAAUUGUGCAGUGCAUUCUGCCCACGAUUGUCAUGGCUUUGAUCAUGUUCUUCCCUGAGACGCCUCGAUGGCUGCUAGCUCACGACAGGCGAGAAGAGGCAAUUGCAAUCAUGGCCAAAUAUCACGGCAAUGGCAACCCUGAAUCUCCCAUCGUACAGCUCCAGCUUCACGAGAUUACUGAAGACUUUGCCGCCACAACGACCGAAAACGCAUGGUGGGAUUUCCGCGAGCUUGUAAACACCAGGGCAGCGCGGUACCGACUAGCCAUGGUCAUUGCCAUGGCACUGUUCGGACAAUGGAGCGGAAAUAAUGUGGUUUCGUACUUCCUGCCGUUAAUGGUCAAGAAUGCUGGUAUCAACGAUCCCAACAGGCAGCUUCUCAUCAACGCUAUCAACCCCAUCUUUUCCAUGCUGGCAGCCAUUUACGGUGCUACUCUGCUCGACACUCUUGGUCGUCGAAAGAUGCUCAUGGGUGGUCUUUGGGGUGGUCUCUUUUCGUACUGUCUCCUCACGGCGUUCACUGCUACCGCGAAGCCCGACAACAACCUCGCGUACGGCACCAUUGUUUCGAUCUACCUGUUUGGAAUUUUCUUUGCAUGGGGAUGGACACCGCUGCAGACGCUCUACGCCGUCGAGUGUCUGGAGAACCGCACUCGCGCCAAGGGCUCUGGUCUUAACUUCCUCUUCCUCAACAUUGCCAUGGUAGUCAACACGUACGGAAUCUCUGUUGGCAUUGAGAAGAUUGGAUGGAAAUUGUACCUCGUGUACAUUGGCUGGAUCUGCGUCGAGAUUGCCGUCAUUUUCUUCUUCUUCGUGGAGACGGCCGGCAAGACGCUUGAAGAGCUCAAGGAGAUUUUCGAAGCGCCUAACCCCAGGAACGCCAGUAUCCGCAAGACCAAGGUGGAGAUUGACGCGAGUGGCCAGAUCCACAAUGUUCACGAGUAAGACGUGUAUGGUUGUGUAUGGUGUGGUAUAUGACGCUGCUGGAGUGGGGAGUAGGAUUUGGUUACUCUGGCUCUCAAUGUUCCUACACCUCGACGACGCAACACCCUUAUCAUUAAUAUAAUAAUUCCAUCC